AAGAGCUACUGAGUGCCUUCCUUCCCUGUAGUCUUCUGUGCCCUUCCGUCUUUUCUUGUUCCCCACCCCCUUUGCCUUGCCCAUUUCAUAGUGCUAUGUAUUACAUCAGGAAAUGGUUUUGGGAGGAAAUAGCUUGCAGAACCUGUGGAGAACUCUAGUCAUAACAGUAGGAGUAUGUGCAUAGAGGCAAUCUUCACUUCAGAGACUGCAAAACCAUGGGCCCUGCAGUCAGCAUGAGAUAAGGUCACAAGAUUGACAGUUUCAGUUGAUUCAAAGGAUUUGAUUGGUAGGGAAGAAUGUCAGACCCUUCUCUGUCAGCAGAGCUCCCUGAUAAUAUAAGUCAAGCUAUGGCUGAACUACCAGAUGCCUUUGAUUUCUCCUUGCGUGAUGAUACCAGCUCUCUGGGCUCUGACUCUGAGCUGAAUGGCAUGGCUCCAUAUCGCAAGACGGAUCGCUUUGGCUUUAUUGGGGGCAAUAGCCUCCAUAAUGGCCAAGAUCAUCUCCCUGUCGAGCUCAUCCGACACCGUGAAGCCAAAUGGCUGGAAAUGACAGCUCACUGGGAGAAAACCAUGGCCCGGCGCUACAGGAAGGUAAAGCUGUUGUGCCGAAAAGGAAUCCCUUCAUCUUUACGUGCACGCUGUUGGCCUCUGUUAUGUGGAGGACAGAUCAAAAUGGAGAGGAGCCCUGGAAAGUACCAGGAAUUGCUUGAGGUACCUGGUGAUCCUCAAUGGGUGGAGACGAUCACAAAGGACAUUCACCGCCAGUUCCCUUUCCAUGAGAUGUUCCUGUCUCCUGAGGGUCCUGGACAGCAAGGGCUGUUGCAGCUGCUGAAGGCCUACACUGUCUAUCGGCCCCAAGAAGGUUACUGUCAAGCCCAGGGACCAGUGGGUGCCCUGCUUCUCAUGCACAUGCCACCAGAGCAAGCUUUCUGGUGCCUGGUACAGAUCUGCGACGACUAUCUGCCUGGCUACUACAGCCCCCAAAUGGAGGCGCUGCUGCUAGACAGUGAAAUUUUUACCGCUCUCCUCCAACGCGUGUGCCCAAAGGCCUUUAAGCACUUGCAGAAGCAUGGGGUGGGGCCUUUGCUGUACAUGCCCGAGUGGUUUCUGUGCCUCUUCGUCCGCACACUGCCCUUCCCCACAGUGCUGAGAGUCUGGGAUGCCUUCCUGAGUGAGGGGGUCAAGGUGUUGUUUCGCGUGGGGCUGCUGUUAGUCCGCUUAGCCCUGGGCUCCUCUGAAAAACUACGGGGCUGCGCAGGACUGGUGGAGACACUGGAGAAGCUACGCAGCAUCCCACCUCAGUUUCUACAAGAAGACAUCUUCAUGGCUGAGGUCCAUGAUGUGCCCAUCUCAGACCGUGACCUGGAACGUGAAUGCAGAAUCCAACUGGCAAAAUUGUGCAAAACUCAGCCUAAAUUCCAGUACAAGCCAGAGCAGCGCCUCUCUGGGGCAAAGGCCAUCUUUGAUGCUCAGCAACUGGAGGAUGUGCAGGACAAUAAGAGAGGGGAGGAAAUCCACACACAUACUUUCCACAUCCCCCAGAUCAAGGUAGACCCACCCCCAUUAUCCCCAAAGGAGCAUAAGAGGGCCUCGGAGAUGCAAAGCCAGAAAAAAGAGCAGAAAAGGAAGAAGCCGGACACACGGGGAAAGACUUUCCAUGUCCUAGAGCAUCCCAGGGGUAGAAUGGAGAGAAAGCUAGAGUCAGAAGCUGCAAGGAGCAAGUCUUCUUUUUACUUGGAGGCAUGAUUCUGAAUAAGGGGAGAGAAGAGGUGGAACUCUGGGGCAACAUUCUGCAGCCUUCUCUCACUGCCCUGCUCUGGUUAAUGGAUGAAUUCAGAAGCUUCUACAUAGCCUGAGUUCAAGGCAGUCCUAAAUUUCUAGAAAAAAGAAGGGCUGGACUUUCUAAUUUAGAAACUUCCUCUUUUAGAAGCCUUCAUCUAUAUCCAUGCUUGAAUUAAAAGAAGAGAUAGGUAAUCCCAUCCUACAUAUGUUUGGGGAUGUAAAUAGAGCUAUGAGCUACAGGUUUUGGGGUGGGGGGUGGGGAGAGAUACAAUUUGGCUAAACCUGAUGAAGUUCAAAGGGCAGGACACAUGGAUUUCACUAAGUACUCUUCCACUGUCACUCAGCCCCCAUCCCCAAUAAUUUUGGCAUAGCGUCAGAAGAAGAACCUCUGAUCAUUUGGAAAUAUGGUAGUCCUCAUUUAGUGACUCCCUCAAACAGCGACCAUUCGCAGUUACAACAGUGAUGAAAAAGUAACUUUUUUUAGCAGGUCUGUAAGGCAAAGGACAGCUGAAGUAAAGUUGUAAAAUCAUGAUGUUUCACUUAGUGACUGCUUCGCUUAACAGCUGAUUUGCCAGUCCCAAUUCUGGUCACUAAAUGAGGACUACCUGUAUGCUACAUAUUUUCAUCUAUUUUUGCUCUGGAUGUUGUAGCUAAAGUCCAGAAAAACAAAGGCAGAAAUAAGCUCUUGGGUGAAUGAAACCUAAUUGUGAAGUACAAGUUUACUGUUGCUCUAGGCUUUGGGGUUUUUGGCACCUUGCUUCUAAGAGGGUAAAAUUUAUUGCACAUGUAUACAUAAACCAGAUUCACAGAAUCUAAUAAAGUAACAAAAAUGUU